AUGCUAAGGCCGGUGUUUUGCCUUCUGCUUCCAAUAGCAUUCACAAUCCGGCCUGAUCUCACAAAGGGACCGCAAAUCCUUAAUCCACCGUCGGCACUGUUCCAAGCCCGUGCAACUUCUACAGAUGAACUUGAUCCAUGUCAGUACAUGCUGCAGAACUUGACAAGUGUGGAAAAUCUUCGCGCUCACGAGUUUGCGUCUUUGGAGCAAUGUCUGUACUACUACUUGGCAGGCGAAAGUGCGAAGCAAAUGAAAAAGCUUGGGAUUCCACAUCCGAUCGCCUCCGUCCCUCCGAACUACCUGAGCCGUCAACCUGUAAACAUCAAAUUCAACCAAAUUACCCUUCAGCACUUCGAACUGGUUGGACAUCAGACUUUUUGUUAUGAAACUCAUUUGAAAAAUGGCGACGCUUUCGACAUGAGACGAGUAGAAACCUCUUCAAGCGGAAAUGUUUCCGCUGUGCUGGCAUUUUCUCUGCGAUCAUUCUGCGACGAUUCUGACUUCGAAAACUACCCAGAUGACGUCUACAAAUGUUGCUUCAGCCUCGAACCGCAAGCCAACCCCGACAUUAUCGAGUUCGACACGUCAGGUUUACCUAUUUUCACUGAUCCAAAAUACUUCCGAGACUACGGUUGGAAGGUGUCCGGCACCGUACCGCAGAGCUUGGAGGAUCCAGCGCAGGUGGCGCAGCUUGGUUUCUGCUUGAACCUACAAAGAUCGUCCUCAUCAGUUCGUAUUGAACUAACAGUGCCAAUGAUGGUGUGUGCACUGCUAUUUCUACUCACUCCUUUCCUUGGUGUGAUCAAAAUACAGACACACUCCGCAGACGAUGAUGAGGACAGUGAAAAAGCACCAGCCGGAAAUUACCAAAAAGUGGGUUUAGAAACCUGA